AUGGAUGCUGGAGGAGGCUGCAGGAUUUGCCUGCAGAUUUUGACUAGCAGCGCGGGAAGCAAAACCAAACGUGCUGUUAAAAACCAGAAAACCUGGCAAGUAAGUCUUAUGUUAUCAAAUAACAUUCCCUGCAAUUACCAGAGUUACAGCAGCCGGACAGCCCUCCUCGUUACUGGAUGGGGAAGUCAGAGUUCCAAAGUACAUAUACAUCAUAGCACAUGGCUUCAUUUUCCUGGCCACAAUUUACGCUGGAUACUGACUUUUAUCCUCUUAUUUGUGCUGGUGUGUGAAAUUGCAGAGGGCAUAGUGUCUGAUGGGGUUUCAGAAUCACGCCAUUUACACCUGUACAUGCCGGCUGGGAUGGCAUUCUUGGCGGCCAUCACGUCAGUUGUCUAUUACCAUAAUAUCGAAACAUCUAAUUUCCCAAAGCUGUUAAUCGCAUUGCUGUUCUACUGGACUUUAGCUUUCAUAACUAAAACCAUCAAAUUUGUAAAGUUCUGUGAUAAUGGGGUUGGAUUUUCUCAGCUUCGAUUUUGCCUCACAGGACUCCUGGUUGUUCUAUAUGGAAUGCUGCUAGCUGUGGAAAUCAAUGUCAUCAGGGUGAGGAGGUAUGUUUUCUUCAAAACUCCUAAAGAAGUUAAACCUCCUGAGGAUCUCCAGGACCUUGGUGUUCGAUUCCUGCAGCCGUUUGUGAAUCUGUUAUCCAAAGGAACAUACUGGUGGAUGAAUACAUUCAUCAAGACCGCCCAUAAAAAACCAAUAGACUUGAAAACCAUAGGCAAGCUUCCCAUUGCUAUGAGAGCUCUGACCAAUUACAUUCGCCUUAAUGAGGCCUUUGAAGCACAGAAGAACAAAAGGUCAUCAUCUCCACAAGGAUCCAGAUCAAUUUGGCGUGCUCUCUGCUGUGCUUUUGGAAGACCCUUACUUCUCAGUAGCACAUUCCGUAUUCUGGCUGACUUGCUUGGAUUUGCUGGUCCGCUCUGCAUCUCUGGGAUUGUUCACAAUGUUGGAAAAGGAAAUAACACCAUCCGCCCACAGACUAAAAUUCUUGGUGUUUUCUUUAUUUCAUCUCAAGAGUUCCUGUCCAAUGCUUAUGUUUUGGCUGUACUCUUAUUUUUUGCCCUUCUAUUGCAAAGGACGUUUCUCCAAGCAUCAUACUAUGUUGCUAUUGAAACGGGAAUCAACUUGAGAGGCGCAAUACAGACAAAAAUAUACAAUAAAAUUAUGCAGCUUUCAACCUCUAACAUGUCUAUGGGGGAGAUGACUGCAGGCCAGAUCUGUAACCUGGUUGCCAUAGACACAAAUCAGCUGAUGUGGUUCUUUUUCCUCUGCCCUAACCUUUGGGCUAUGCCAGUACAGAUAAUUGUAGGAGUUCUUCUGCUCUACUAUCUUCUUGGAAUCAGUGCCUUAAUUGGAGCAGCAGUAAUCAUAGUCCUUGCGCCUGUUCAGUACUUUGUAGCAACAAAACUCUCACAGGCCCAGAGAAGCACAUUGGAGUACUCCAAUGAGAGACUGAAGAAGACAAAUGAGAUGCUUCGAGGUAUUAAGCUCCUUAAACUCUAUGCUUGGGAACACAUCUUUCACAGCAGUGUAGAGGAAACCAGACAAAAAGAAAUGACUAGCCUCAAGUCUUUUGCCCUUUAUACCUCCAUAUCCA